UUUGAAGACUAUUUUGAGCGGGAAGGGUUAUUUAUAGUGUUUGGGUGUUGCUUUUGUUUGUGAAUUUUUGUUUAAACAAAAUUAAAUGUACUGCAGAAAACCAAUUAAUAAUGGACAACUCUCAAAGCUCAGAUUUUCUCUCCGAAAGUAUGGAUAUGUUCUGCAAUAGCCCUAAAGAUGAAGGGACUAUGGAUUUCAUUACUUAUGAAUCUUUAGUGUCCAAUACAAAGUCUGCCUUCUCAACCGUUGUGAAAGAAAUAAAGAAUUCAUCAUUUUCUGUUUAUUUUUCUACUCUCCUAAAUGAUUGUAGUACGUGUAUUUCACAGGGUUUAGCACUCAUCACAAAUUUACUGGCAGAAACAGGUUUAAUUAUACUUGAUGAACUAAAAGAAUACAUAAAUGAUGCUGUAUGUCUGUUACAACUCUUGUCUGAUUUGAUUAAACAAGUUAUAGAAUCAGUGUCUAUGGCAUGUUGCUCAAUGAAAAGUUUUCCAACAGUAACUGGAUGCAUAAUCAGACAAGUUUUUACACAUUGUAAAGAUAGUGAAUCUAUAUAUGGAAGUCAAUUGAAUUCUGUUGAGAAACAGUUGAAAGACUUGUUCAGGACUUGCCACGAACUGCAGCUGACAUACCUGAUGGUUCUUGAGAAACAUUUCAUUUUUGAUUUAAAUGAGAGAGAGGAGAGGGAUAUCCUUAUUGAAGCUCUAGACAUAAACCUGAAGAUAGGUGAAAUAGUCCAGAGUUUGGAUGUGAAGACCAUGGCCGAGCAAUGGAAGGCAUACACCAUGAUAUGUGACAAGUACUCUAACUGCCUUACGGAUAAGAGAGUCUACAUAGAUUGUACUAAGAUACUCUGUUCUAUGGUUACUGACAAUGUCAAAAUUGCACUUGAGGAAAAUCAGGAAGAGAAAAUAGUGUUGAGAUCACUUAAAGUUACAAGUUUUACUUUGAAAAUAUUGCUAAGAGUAUGCAACACAUUCAAGCAUGCUGUCGUCAAAGAUUACUCACAUAUUGUAGAACUUCUUAUUUACGUUCAUUUAAAUAAUGAAGCUUGUUUGCACACAAUGCGUGGGAAACCUGCAAAGUUUAUAAAUAUUUUUAAUAACAAUGUUAGUAAUCCUGUCAGCCUUCUUCUUGCUGAGCUUGUCAUAGAUGAAAAAUUGUUGACUUAUAUUUGGAACUACAAUAUAAACGAAAUAAGAAAAGACGACAAGUUACUCGGCGUGAUACUGCUAGUGAUUUCAGUAAUAAAAGUAUUAGUACCGAAAUCAGCAGAUCACUCGUUAAAUAUACCGAAACACAAGUUUAUUAACCUGAUCUACAGCAUGUUGCCUAAUUGUCAUAUCUGGUUCAACAUAGGACUCAAAUUCAAAUGUGAGAAGGCAAAUCGACAGUACCAAACAUGCGGGUUGUUCGAACAUUUAGUUACCCACACACUCGCAUUGGUUACUACAAUGAAUUCUGAAGAAAUUCAUGCGUUGGAAAAGAAAAUGGUUGAAUCUGUACUUGGUACAGAUUGCUUGAGCGCUAUGUUCUCUGCUAAUCUGUGGAUGCUGCUGGCCAGAAUAUCCAACCGCCAGUUCUUACUAACUCAAGUCACAUCACUGUGUAAAAUUUAUCAAAAACUUGAAAACAAGCAUUUAUUUGUUGAUUCACCGCAAAAAGUACACCUAACAUAUACAAUAUCUAGAUUAUUCAAAGAAAUGCAUAAUGACGACAAAAUAAAAGUGUACCAAAUGUUUUCUAUAAACGAGGAUAGUAAUUUAAAUCUAUGGGUUUGUUUGAAAUUGAAUAAUUUACCUAAUGAAGUACAACUGGAUGGUGAAAUGAUUGUUAUGGAAAAAGUAAAGGUGCAAAUGAGGGCUUUUAUGUCAGCCGAUGACGCUGUGGAUGUCGACGAUUUGAUAAAAAUCACUAACUUGGCAAGUACUUGUUCGAUAAUAAACAGAGAGGAUGCAAUGGAAAUAUUUUUACUACACGCUUGGUCAAAGGCUUGUCCGAAAAAUAUUGUUCACAUAGUCAAAGGAUUAGACAAGGGCACUGUAUGGUAUUACAGAUACAUUGAAUCACUGGUGGCGCUAACAAACUCAAUGGAACAUAUUUUUCACGGCAGCAGCUCUAAUUUAGUGAAGGUGGUACACAUAAUAUCACAAAUUGUUCAAUCUGGAUGUAAAGAAUUGAAAUUACUAUUGAUUAGUAUUCUGUGUAAAUUAGCAAACUUUGAAACAUAUGAUAAGAAUAAACAUUGCUUGGAGACAGAACUUGUGCGAGCAUUUAGCGAAUUAUUUCAUGACUCCGAUUCUACAGUUAAAAAUAAAUUGUAUAACACUAUAAGGAAGUAUCGAAAUAAUGUUCUGGACCGAAUAAUCGCUAAGAUAGUAAAUGAAGACAAAUCAUUGAAGGAAACGUGGAGUUGUUUUAUAAGAAAAGGAAAAUUGAAAGAAGGCGAAUUAGAUGUGAAGGAGCAUCUGUUAUCUACCCUUGAUUUCCAAUAUACCCAUAAAUGUAUUGAACAUGUCGAUGACUUUAAUGAUUCAGGUUCCGUGAAAAUGCAGAAGUCAUUGAGCAAUAACUUCGAUCUCGUUGAUAUCGAGUCGCUGUUUGAUACUGAAAGCGACGCCGAACCUGUGUGUAAAAAAGCAAAACUCAACACCAAUGAAGUAGAACAAAUUAUUAGCAGACUGGAAACCGACGCUUCAUCGCUGUGUAAAAUUAAAGAGAACAUUUUUACAAAUGAAUACUUGAAAAGAAUAAAAACUGUAUGCAGCAAGUUGUACAGUAUACUUGAUUGAGUUACA